UUUUCUCAUGUUUUUCACUUUUUUCCUAAACAAUUCAAAUUUAAAUAUGUUCUUUAGCAAAAAAUGCCAUAAUUCAGUGAAAAGAUUAAUUAUUGAGUUUAAACACGUACGUUUUAAGUCUUCUGUAUCUUCAAUGAGCUGUAAUACCAAUGCUAAAGAGGCAUUAACCAUUCGUAUUCACAAACUGUCUGAAAAUCUUGGUUGUACAGCUCUUACCGCGAGAAAGAUAGUAUCAAAAAACAAUCAGAUUCUAGCCUUACCAUCUGCAGAUUUUUUGCGCAAUACGAAAUUUUGCCGCGAAUAUUUUAAACUUAGUGACAUUGUUGAAAUUCCAUUUAUUUUGUCGAUGAAUACCAGUUUACUGCAACACCGGUAUUUCUCAUUGAUUGAACUGGGAUGCACGAAUGUAACUGCUAUUCAUAUUAUGAGAUUUCUGCAUAUUAUGAAAAAAUCUCCUGAAGAACUAACUACUGAAAAUUUAGCUUGCAACUUUAAACAAUCUUUAGAAGAUUGUCUGAAGUUCUUUGAUCCUGAGUAUAGGGAUGAAAAGAAAUUGCAUUUAAAUCGUCUUUACACUAAUGCAAGUUGUCUUCAAAAUAUCAAAGAAGCCAUGAAUGCAGAAUUUUUAUCAACUAAGUUAAAUAUCUCUUUAAGCAAGGCAUACCAGUUGUUCAAGAGCUAUCCUCCAAUACGAUUGCAAAGUAUCGUCAACACCAACCAUGUGUUAGAUCUUCUCUGUGGAAGAUUUGGAUUCUCUAUUUCAAAGAUUUUUCAAGCUCCUAGUUUGCUAUCAUUGCAUCAUGAAAAUGUAGAACUUUUCCUUGCAGAAGUGCCCAAUAUUUUAGGUGUAAGAACAUCAUAUGUGGUUUACAAGUUGCCAUUACUUCUAAGGCGACCAGUUGAAUCAGUUUUAGAAGUUGAACGUAUUUUAAAAAAAUUCAAUAUAAGUGAACAGCAAUUUAUUAACUGCCCAAAAGUUGUGAUACUUACACCAACUACACUUCAGCAAAGAUUGGAAGUUUUAUGCAAAUCAGAGGAUUUUUCUGUUCUUAAAUCAUACAAAAAGUUUUUAUGGUUGGUUUUCUAUUACAAGAAUGUUAAAAGUAGGCUUGCAUCUCUGAAAGAGUUUGAUAUUCCUACUGGCAUUUCUAUGUUUACGCUGUCAAAGCCUAAAUUUGAAAAAUAUUUGUGCUUCCGUGAAAGUCGUUGUCACAUUAAUGAUGUGUGCUUUUACCUUGCUGAUGCUCUGAAAUGUGAUGAAAGCAAUAUUGAAAUGAAACUAAGAGAGUAUCCUAAUUUUAGUUGUUCAUCUUUGCAAAAUUGUCGCCAAGUAGUGGAAUUUCUUUUUGAUUCUGGUGUAUCAAAACAGCAGUUAUAUAAUGGUGUUGGAAUAAUAUUUUAUGAUGCUGAUGUUGUUAAAAUGUUUUUUGAUAACCUAAAACGUCACCCAAGUGUUCAACCUUAUUCUGAAUGGGUUAACCAUUACAAUUUAAUUCAGUUAUUGAUAUAUUCUAUUGAAGUAGAAACUGGUUUUAUGGCAUCUCGACUAUGUAGUGCAAGAGCCAGAAUAGAAGAUGAGCCCCUUAUUUCUGCUAAUUACUCCCUGUAAAGAUAUUUGUAAAGCUUUAAAAAUUGCAAUUUAAUGAAUGUUAAUAAUUUUGCUAUGUAUAUAAAGUGUUUUGCAUAUAAAACUAA